AUGAAAAUCAAGUUAAAGUAUUACGAUGAUUGGGGAGAAGAAUAAAUUUGUAUCAUUAAGGUGCCUUCAAAAGGAACAGUGGAUGAUUUGUAGGCUGAAAUACAGAAGGUCACAUAAAUUGAGGUAUGUAAUCAAAAAUUGUAUUUAUUCACUAAAUCUCAAAUGAUGGAAAUUGAAAAGCACUCUUAUUUAAGUUCGAUUCAGUUCAGUCCAGAAUCGAUAGUAUUUGUCAAAAAUGUUGAUGAUUAAUUUAGCAUAAACUCUUCUUUUAAUUCUCAAAAAUAAUAAUAAUAAUUUAAGUCCUGCAAUUCAAAUAGUCUCGCUGCAGAUCUACAGAACACUUUGAAUGAUUCCUUUCGUAACUCCUUUAAGAAUAAUCAAUUUAAAUCGAGUACCAAUAUUAAUUAGCAUAAUGACAUUGAAAAAUUUUAUGAGUUUAUUCAGACCAAUAAUUUUUAGAAAGCAAAACACUUAUUAGAUAAUUAUGAUAAGAAUAAGACCCUGCUCCUAAAUGACCUAUCCGUAUUUGGAUGGUCAUCUCUACAUGUAGCCAUAGUAACUGGAUAUGAAAAGAUAGUCUUAUGGCUAUUAAGUGAAGGGGCUGAUGUGAAUUUAGAGACAAAUGAUGGAUGGAAUUGUCUCUCAUUGGCUGUUUGUCUAAAAUUAAAAUAAAUUGUAUUGUUUUUAAUUGGAUAACCAGAUAUCAACAUCAACAAAGCAAGCAAACAUGGAACUGCCUUGCAUUUGGCUGCCCAAAUAGACGAUGCUGACAUAACAAUGUCUCUGUUGCAACAUCCGAAUAUUGAUGUAAAUAUUCAAGAUAAGACUAAUAGAAGACCAAUUGAAAUUGCAGGUACACAAGUUAGAUAACUAUUAAAAUACGAAAAUGAAUUGAAGUUGAACACAGUCUAUAGAAACUCAUUUAUGAAGUCAAUGAAUGGAAUCAAUCUGGAGGAUUUGUAGAAAGAUACUUUUAUAAUAAACAAACCAACUAGGCCACCAAUUCUAACUGGAAAAGUAUUGAAGGUUAAUUAUUUCAAAUUGAUUAUGUAUCAAAGAUUUCUGAUUGCUGAUCCUGAUUCUGGAACACUGGUAAGAUUCAAAACUGAGAAAGACAUUCCAAAUAAUCCAAAUGAAGUAAUUGCAUUAGAUUAAAUAAAUGAGAUCAGAGUGGCAAAAGAUGAGUGGUUCUAGGAAGAUUAAUAUCAUUACUUAGAAAUCAAAUACUCAGGCAACCAUCUCUUUAUCGCAUUCAAAGAAACAAAUGCUGCUCGUAGAUGGUAUGAAGGUCUGAAGAAUUGUGUAGGAUAUGCUCGUUACAUCAACUAAAAUUUCCUAAUAAGAGGUUCUACUGAUGAAAUAAAGAAUGCCAGACGAGCUUACAAUUUAAUGUUACAGAAACCUAAUUAAAUUAUGAAUAUCUUAGAUUCACCAGCAAUCGAAUAAAAACGAUAUAUCUAAUAGCAAUAGAAAGCAAAAAAGGAAAAAUUUAAAUAAUCAUUAGCCAGUGUAAGUGAAGCAGAAUAUGAGAUCGAUCUUGUUGACGAAAAGGGAAGUUAAAAAAAAUUAAGUAAUAUUGGUUUAUCAAGCUUAUCAAGUUUUGAAUUGAUUGGUAAAGGCAGUUUUGGAAAGGUGUACAAGGCUAAAUACAAGAAUCUUUAUUGCGCUUUGAAAUAAUAAGAAAAGAGCAUGUUAAUCAAACAUGACUUUUUAAACUAUACACUUUUAGAACUUCAAAUUCUAAAAACCAUUAAGCAUCCUUUCAUUGUUCGUUUGUAUUUUGCUUUCUAAACAUAAAAUUACUUAUACUUGGCUACGGAACUGUGUCCUGCAGGUGACUUAGCUAGGUAUAUGACUAGGGGCAAGAUCUUGGAUGAAUAUACUGCCAAAUUCAUUGUUGCUCAAAUAGUAUUGGCUGUCGAAUAUCUUCACUCCAAAUCCAUUCUUUAUAGAGAUCUCAAACCAGAAAAUAUCUUGAUUGAUUCAGAAGGGUAUAUCAAACUUACAGAUUUUGGGUUAUGCAAACAAGGUCAUGUAGGCUAAGAGAUUAUUGCCAAAAGCUUCUGUGGCUCUCCAGCCUAUCUUCCACCUGAAUUGAUUGAAGGUAUUGGAUCAUCCAAAGCAACUGAUAUUUACUAAAUUGGAACUAUUUUAUUUGAAAUGCUUACUGGCUAUCCUCCGUAUUUUAACACCAAUAUUAAGACUUUAAUUGAAAAUAUCAAAUAUUAACCAUUAUAAAUUCCCAAAGGAAUUAGUGCUACAGCUGCAGACCUUUUAAGAUUAUUGCUUGUUAAAUCUCCUAAGGAAAGAUUAGCCUAAGUAGACCUUCAUAAAAUAAAGAAACAUUUGUUCUUUGCUGAGAUAGAUUGGACAAGACUGCAAGCUAAGUAAUAUAAGCCUCCAGGGUUAACACUUCGAAACAAUUGUAAUAACAGCAGAAACGGCUUUAAAUUCUUAGAAAAUAAAAAUGACCUUGAUGACAUAGAUUAUAAAGAUGGAUAGGAAAAGCUUAAUUUCAUUCAGAAUUGGAACAUUUCAUUCAUUUGA